AUGGCUUUAUUACCAACCUCUUCCUUAUAUGCUGACCUCAAUAUUUGCGGGCGUCAGAUUCGUCUACUUAACGUUUGUUCUACAGAGUCAGACACAGAAUACUCUCUCGAAGUAGCAGAUUUAGAUCAAAAACUGAAUUUCCAUGCGCUUUCUUAUGAAUGGGGCAACCCCAACGUUACGGAGGCCAUCACUGUGAAUGGCCACUCCAUACAAGUCACGCAAAACCUAGCAAACGCCCUAAGAUACGCCCCCAAGCAUAUAGAGUCUACUGAUGGAAGACUGAGAAUUUGGGCAGAUGCGAUAUGCAUCAACCAGAAGAGUGAAGAAGAGAAGAACCACCAAGUUCCGUUGAUGGGCGACAUAUAUUCUAUGGCCGAUGUCGUGCUCUGCUGGCUAGGGUUGCCCUGUGAAACAGUCAUACGAGGAAUGGAAGCUGUGCAGACCAUAGCCUGGAACCGCAGCAUUCAUGGGGCUGACCGGAAGGACCGUCUAUUGGAUGCCACCCUUUCCCGAGUGGCAGAUUCUCUCAGUACAGAACUUGAUAUGCUUGGCUCUGUCGUCGACGAAGCAACAAAUGAGUUGGAAAUUGCGAAUACAAGCGACGCUAGCAUUCUGUUUGAUAUACUAGCCAGAUCCUGGAAUGCAUGGCCGACAAAAUGCAUACAUGAUGCAAGCAAUGACAUUGCUAGCGUGCUGAGAACUCCGGGACGCAUAAGGCCUAAUCAUUUGUCAUGGUCAUCAAAAUUGAGGCUCUUAUCCCUGAAGAUCGAAGCGUUCCACGAAUACCUUUGCAAAAUGUAUCUUCGCAUAAUUGACGAAACAGAGGAACACCUGCCUUUCAUUACUGGAGACCUUAGCGCCCGUCUGACGGAUACUCUACUGAGCAUAAUCGCGAAGAUGGAUGAGUCAGAGAGUGCGGUUCCACGAUUUCAAGACCUUACAGAGAGUCUAGAAAAGCAAAUUUUAUCGGUUCGAAAUAUCGCGAACUUUCAAUGGCUGCAAGAUCAUACAUUCCUCUAUCAGGAAGUUCCAGGUACCGUUUGGACUGAGACUGGCACCUACUUCAUGGUGCAGAUGUUGACCAAAUCAUACUGGUUGCGAGUAUGGACUUUCCAGGAAAUGGUUCUUGCUAGUCGACCUAUAUUUGCCUGCGGUGACCGCUCCAUGUCUUGGUCGUCCCUCAAUUCAGUCCUUUGCUGGGCCUAUAGGCUGCUCAACGCCAUUCCGGAGCAACGGCCACAUUUUGUGCUACAAGAGCAAUGGAGCUUUCUGAAACGCCUCUACAAGCACUAUCUUGGUCACUUGAGGCAUUUGGCUUCGAGCAGAGCAGGAGUGAGGGGCUUAAAAAUGUUGGAUGAUACAAUGGGCAUCUCCGUAAGGGGAAGCAUGAAUAUAAAAGCUACUCACAACUGGGGGCACUCAAGUGCGCUGAGGGCUACAGAUCCCAAAGACCAUUUUUAUGCCUUCCUAGGUAUCUGCCCUCUUGGCCUUUUACCGGACUAUCGACAAUCCAAGUCAGUUGGUCAGGUAUGCGUCGACUUCCUGACAGAGUAUCUGAAAGCUCAUCGGCAAGGAUCUGGCCACGUCGAAUUGCAAAGAGGGGAGCUCAUGACGCUGACCGAUGCGGGUAUCGGUCAUGGAUGGUUUAUGUACCCUGAUACUCCAUCCUGGGCCCCCAACUAUCCAGGGAUGACCCAUUUCGAGGACUUUGACAAGAUAGUAGCGGGUGGCCCGCUGCGAAGCCACUUUGCCGAACUUUACCGCAAUAGUACUUCCAAAGAAGCGAUACAUGCCGUGUCGUGGACGAUGGAAUAUAUAAUGGGCCGAGAGAAGUACCCAACGGGGUGCCAUCCUCUCGAAGGGUUGUACACUGCACUGCGGUAUGGGACCAUCGGGAGGCAUAAAGACAGUGGAGAAUCCGAUAUAAGCACAGAUAUGAUGUUUCAAGAUCACAACAGCUUUGCGAGAAUGCUGAUGCAUCACCUGAUUACAGAAAGCAGUGCCGAAACCCCGGAAGGAAAUCAACUGAAAGGCAACAGAUUAAAAUACCUAUAUGCGCUUUUGAAAGAUCUCGACGUAUCUGGCUGGGAUGAGACUCUCACCGAAAUUGUAAACGAUGUGUUUUUCGCGCAACAGCGGAUGUUGGAAACGCAGAGUGGAUAUGUUGGCGUGUUUCCGCUCUAUACCGCAACCGGAGACUUGGUGUGCUUGCUAAAUGGAGCUGAUCAACCGGCAGUUCUUAGACGAGUUGACAACCACUAUGUCCUCGUCGGGAUGUGUUAUAUCAGCGGGUUAACAAGCGCGAGGAACUUAUCCGCAUAUGUACGGGAGAAAGGCAAAGCUGUGGAAACAAUAGAGAUCCGGUAG